AGCUACAAGAGGAAAACAGAGGCUGCUAAGAAGGAGUACCUGAAAGCCCUGGCCGCCUACAGAGCCAGUCUGGUUUCCAAGACAUAUAACGACCCUGGGGAGACUAAAACUGCCCAAACAAGUCAGGCUUCUCCUCAUAUGAUGCCAACCAACUCGCUGUACAGCGUGCCACCUCCCCCACAGCCGUCAUCGCCAUACCUAGGACCGGGGGCCUUCCCUCUUACCGACCUGCAGAGCUACGCAGGACACGCCCCUCGCCACACGCUGUCACAGACGCUCAGCCAGUCGCCGAUGCUGCCCAGCAUUAGUGCCUCUCCCCCUUCCUCCUUCCAGAUCAGCCCACCGCUUCACCCACACCAGCAGCUCUCUCUGCACCAGAGCUCGCUCCUCAACCAACCCAUCCGCAUGCAGCAGGUCCAGUCUCAGCCAAUCAUCUCCCAUCAGAUGGGGCUACAGGCCUCUCUUCACUCUCCACCUCCAGGGCAGCAGGGUUUUUCUCACCUCCAGUCAGAGUACCAGAAGAGUAUUGGAGGUUCCCAGUCUCCAGGAGCUCCUGGCUCUGGGCCAGGUCCUGGAGUGGCUCAGAACCACGAGUGGGAUGGAGAAUACUGCAAUCGGGAGUGUGGCAACCACUGCAGUGGAAGCAUGAUAGGCAGGGACAAGCCCCUCUACCUCACCUGAAACUGAAGAUUAUCCUCUGCUGACAAAUGAUGACAUCGAGGAGUCGACCCGCUCUGUUUUCCUCACCCAGCCCCAACCUUCUCCCUCUUACAUCCAGUGUACCUUGACAUACAGCCAGAUACAUAAACAAACACAUUCAGAUUCCUAUAAACUGUCACCGACAACGUUUUUGUUUUUCAUAAUUAAUGUAAUCAUUAUUUUUCGCAGUUUCUAGAAUUUGUGAGCAGUUUUUUGACUAGAUGACUACUGUCUGUACAACUUAUUGUAUUAAUGGUCUUCUUGCUGUUUAAAUUUGCCAAGCACUUAUAAAGCCUCCCCUCCCUCUUCCUCCCUGCCCUCACUCAUCACCUCCUCAGUUAUGUGUCUGAGCCCUCACCGACGUGGGCUGUGGAGCGCCCCUCUUGUGUGCCACCAUCAAAACGAACCCCUAGGGAUCCCAUCCAGCUUUAAGUAGAAUAAGAAAAAACGUGUUUUUCCUUUUUCCACCCAUUUUGUAGUUUCAUUUCCUUUUUGUUGAUGUUUCUGUCUUAUUUAUUUCAAGCUGGCUAUUUUUUUUUUUCAGUCUUCUUUUUUUUCAUUCUGUUUCUAGUAAGCAAUGGGCCCUGUAUCAUAGAGAAAUAUUAACUCCUAGUAUGUUGAGCAUAGGCCUUGAUGUUAUGGUAGCUGUGCUUACGGGCGACAGAUUAAAAGCUUGGUGGGGAAUAGGACAGAAAAAACGAAGAAAAUCUUUUUUAUUAUUAAUAAAGACCUGUAGAGGUCUACUGAGCUGUCACAGUGUGAUUGUAAAUAUCACUUUUGUGGAAUUGAAUUGGAAAUUAAAAGUCCAGAUAGAUUUGUUCCUCUAAAAGUACAUGUAUGUUAUUGUAUGUGUGUAUGAGUGCAUCUGGACGUUAGAAUGUACCCCAUUCAUGACGUGGCAUAAGUGUGCGAGCAGAGGACUAGUAAGUGCGAGUGUCUCGUUCUUUGAGUCUUGUCAAUUUUAACAAUCCCAUACAAUUGAAAUUCAGAGGACUAUUUCACACUUUCACUCGUGCAUUAAAUCUGUGCUCACGUCUGUGUUGUUAUUUUACAGACAAAGUUUAAUCUGAAACUGAAUACACAAUAUAUGUCCUGCAGAUCAUUAAACCGAAAGGAGCAAGAAGAGAAACAGAGAGCGCAGAGGCAGGAUAGAAAGGCUGUGAGAUGAAAUGAGAUGUAAAGUUUCAGAUAGGGAAGUCGGAGGUGGGGGGUUAUUGACUCAAAAUGCCCACCCCUCCCAUCUUUUGUUUAGCUAUCCCACUGUUAUGUCCAUGUUGUCCCCUAACCAUGCAGGAGGGGGAGACCUCCAACAUGUGAACACCGCAAGUGAUUUUUUUUAAAUAAGUUUCUGGUUCGUGUUUGGUUGUGUUUUUAACUUUUGUGUGAUUAACGGAAAAUGCAUUUUGCUGACAAAGACAUCUCGUUUUGAUCUCCUUUCGUGUAGCAGAAUUUCAGUUUUAGUCGCCGCAAUACAAUAACAUUUUAAGUUGUGUAAAAAAAAAUACAAAACCAACAAGAAAAAAAA